GCCAAGAGCGAUCCGAAGAACCAAACGCCGCUAUAAGCGUGGCAGACGAUGUCACCUCCGCGGUGCAAAACGUCCAUGCCUCACAAUGUCAACUUCUGCUUAAUGAUUGGAGAGAGUGUGCACAGUCAAUUCUCAGACUACACAACACACUUCCUCCCUGGGCUACCACUUUUUGAUUUUAUGCUAUGACAUAUGUGCUCGGGACUAGUAUUUCUGCGCCAGUAGCUGCUGUGCAGUAUCUAUUUAAAUCCACACGCUUCGAUAUGGAACUGCGGUAACAUAGAAACAUUUCUCAAAGCCAUACGCCGUCAAACCUGACCAGCAUGGCGGACAAUUCAUCCUCCUCCUCGCAGGGCCCAAGUCCCCCGACUUCCCCCCGACGUCCUAGCUUCCCAAAUGCUCGCAAUUCAUCACAGCACGCACCGGCAAACCCAAGCCGACUGCGAGAGACUACAAUCAUGUCUCCAGAUGAACGCAUGGCUAGGUCAAAAUCCAAUGAAAACUACCUACCAAAGAGUGACGAGAACCUCCUCCCGCCAGCCCUUGACCCAGGCUCAACGAAACCUAUUGUCGCGGAACCAGAAUCUUUGUUGGAUAAUGAAGGUGAAGACAAUACCAUUCAGGGACAGAUCGAGGAGCCGUCCACAGAAGAGGUGAAUGCCAAAACUAGGCUGUUAGGGGAUUACCAUCAUAACCGCAUAUGUGGAAUGAAAGACUGUAACCAUGGUACUUUUUCUCCGAGAGCUCCUUCGCUGUCAAGCGAUCGGGACAGUCUCUACAAUACUCCUCGAUCCUUUGGUGGAGAAUAUCCAGGUGCUACUGGAGAAGACGGCGACCCAACCUACCCUGCUCGCGGAAUACUUGGUGACUCUGUGACCGAUAUGUUCGCCGGAAGCAAGAGUUUGAGCACUACUCAGUGGCUUGCCAGGAAACAUGGUAUCAAAAGUAGAAAAUGGAUGUAUUUCUCCUACUACUUCCCAUUUGUCAAAUGGGUCCGCCAAUAUCGAUGGAAGUGGUUGCAAGGGGACCUGGUCGCCGCUCUAACCAUGGCGUCGUUUUACAUCCCAAUGUCUCUGUCUUAUGCCGCCAAUUUAGGUCAUAUACCGCCCGUCAACGGCCUGUACUCCUUUGUCUUCAAUCCUUUGAUAUACGCCUUUCUGGGCAGCUCACCGCAGAUGGUUGUGGGGCCGGAAGCUGCAGGAUCACUGCUGGUUGGCCAGGUUGUCAGAACUUGUAUAGACCAGGGUCAUUCUGGGGACCAUGAUGCUGUACGCAAUGCCCAGAUUGCUGGCGUUGUCACAGCUAUCGCCGGAGCCGUGAUCUUCGUUGCGGGACUUUGCCGGCUCGGGUUUCUGGACAGCGUCCUAAGUCGACCUUUCCUCCGAGGUUUCAUCAGUGCUAUUGGCUUCGUCAUCCUGGUUGACCAGCUGAUUCCUGAACUUGGCCUUCAAGCAGCGGCCCAGGAAGCCGGAGAAAUCGCUCACGGUAGCAGUGCUCAGAAGUUGGUAUUCUUGGCAAGAAAUGUGCGGAAGUCGCAUGGCCUAACAAGUGCUGUGUCUGGGGCAAGCUUUGUUAUCAUUAUGCUGUUCCGGUCACUCAAGCGCAGACUUCAGCCUCGCUAUCCCUCGGUUGCGUACUUCCCGGAUCGCUUUCUGGUGGUCGUGCUCUCAGCUGUUUUCGCAUGGGCGUUCGCGUGGAACAAACAAGGUGUUGAGAUACUUGGCGACGUCAAGUCCACGGGAAGAUCUGCGAUCCCCUUCCACUGGCGAUUGCAGUUCAGCCACAUGAAGCAUAUCGAUACUGCUCUAAGCACAUCAUUCCUCAUCGCGCUGCUGGGCUUUUUCGAAUCCUCUGUGGCUGCCAAGAGCUUGGGUGAGGGCACUCACGGCCUACGUGGCAUGGUUCUGAGUCCCAACCGAGAGCUAGUGGCGCUCGGUGCCGCGAACAUGGUUGGAGGCUGCUUUAUGGCUUUACCAGCUUUUGGUGGGUAUGGUAGAAGCAAGGUCAACGCCUCAACUGGCGGAACCACCCCUAUGAGCAGCAUACUCCUCAGCACCAUUACGCUGAUAUGCGUUCUGUUCCUGCUACCAUAUUUUUACUAUAUACCAAAAGGUGUACUCUCGGCCAUGAUAUCAGUUGUGGCAUACUCACUCAUCGAAGAGGCCCCUCACGACAUCAAGUUCUUUCUCAAGAUUCAUGGCUGGACGGAGUUGUUCUUGAUGACAGCCAUCUUCUUGGCCACUGUAUUUUAUUCUUUGUCGAUGGGGAUUGCAUUGGGUAUCGGACUUUCUCUCCUACAACUGAUCAGGCAUGCCACCAAGCCACGAAUCCAAAUCCUCGGGAAAGUGCCAGGGACUGCGAACCAGUUUGAGAAUGCGGAGCUUACGCCAGAACACAUCGAGUAUAUCGAAGGAUGUCUCAUCGUCAAAAUACCAGAGCCACUGACUUUCGCCAACACUGGAGAGUUGAAGACAAGGUUACGCAGGCUCGAACAAUACGGUACAAACAAGGCUCAUCCGUCGUUACCACGUGUUAGACAUGAGGACAACAACAGGAACAUCAUUUUUGAUGUGCAUGGUGUUACGAAAAUUGACGGGUCUGGAACGCAGGUGCUGGCGGAACUCGUGGAGGACUAUGUUAAAAGAGGGAUUCGGGUCAUUUUCUGCCGUCUCCCUCGCCGACGAAGCAAGGUAUUUUUCGCUUUUGAGCGCAGCGGUAUUGUAGAAUUAUGUGGUGGUGAGAGACACUUUGUGGGCAGUGUCGAGGAAGCACUGCAAUUGUCGGAAGCAGAGGAUCUCGAGCAGUACUUUGACGCACGGAUGAACGGUCACGACUCAUCGCGCGAUACGCAGUGGUAGUGAAGAGAUGACUAUACGAGACCAACAUAGUUUUUGUCAAAUAUCCGCGUUCACUUCUCCCGCAAUACAUAUCCUCCUUGCUAACGCUGAAGAGGAGAACGUUUGUCUACACACAAGUCAGCGAACUUGACAUCACUGUCAGCUAUCCUCGCAGACGCUGAGGCUCAGGAUGCACGUACUUACCGUGAAGUCGAAGGCAAUCGACUGGUGCGCAGCUGGCGGUCUGAUGAGACGAAAGACGA